AUAGAUAGAUAGAUAGAUAGAUAGGAAUGAAUGUAGUUUUUUAAGGGGCGUUGUGUAAUGUCUGUUUGAUAAGAGAUCGAUCGUUAAGUUCUGUAGUGUUUCCAUGAAAUUAAAUGAAAACUGCAACUGCAAGAAUGGAAUUUGUUAGGAUUUACAUAAGCGGAGCCCACAGCACAGGCAAAACCACAGUUAUAAAUGAUCUCCGACCCCAUCUUCCUGGAGUAAGGGUGGAAAUGGAAACGGCAAGGCAGAUCAUAAAAAAGCACGGAUGGAAACGAGAGGAUUUCGACCCAAAACAGUGUCCUCAUAUUUUCGAACAAUUGAAUAGCGAAAUUCUUUUGGCGAAUAUCAAAAUCGAAAAGGAAAACUUUCUUGAAAAAAGAGGUUUUGUUUGUGACCGGUGCCUGGACUCAAUGGCGUACGUAGAAAUGUAUGUUGGACCCGAAGCGUUGGAGAGGAUCAACGAGACAGAAGGACUACAAGACAUGAUACCGAGGUUGCGGUCGUCUUUGAUAUUUCUGAUAGAGCCUCAGCCUGAGUGUAUCUCUGAUGACAAUGUUAGACUAGUGUCGACGCUUGAUGAGCUACUGACGUAUACAGUACACCUAAAACGCCUGUAUGACCACCUGAGUAUUCCUUAUGUUACAGUGGAUAUGCUUGAUCGAAAGGAACGUAUAUCAUUCAUUCUCAACCAUGUAGAAACCAAACGAUCACGUGAACAUUACUGAGAUCCUGGUCCAACUAAGACGGAAUGAUCGUCGACGGCACAAUCCCUCAAAAGGGGGUAGUGGUGGAAACUUGGUUUUUUUUAAUGAAGCAAAAUGAUGAACUUUGUUAAAGUUGAUAAAAAUGGAGGGAAUUCCCUCCUCCUAAAAUUUGCUAUUGACAUUGUUAAUAUGUAUUUAUUUACUUACGUAUUUUAUACUACUGUUAGUACAUGUAUUUGAUACAUGUAGAUAUAGAAGAAUUAUAUCUUGUGAUUAAACAAAUUAGAAAAGAAAA